AUGUGGUGUGGAGGAGCGUACGUCACGGCCGCGUCACCAAAAUCAUAGCUUCGUUGGUGUUUAGCUGGAUAGUGCUCGUCUAGUGCACAUUACAAACUUACCGCAACAAUGGAAUUGGUAACAGAAUUGGUAAACAACCAGCUUGCCCUUAUACCGAUCGCAGCUGUGAUCGUUUUGGCCGUCCUGGUGUAUGCCUGCGGUUUCAAAUCGACGGUCCAACCACCUUUUGAUAAAAUUUCCUCGAUAUCCAGUGAAGACCGGAAGCAAGGUGGCAAGAAGAAAAAACCAAAGGAAAAGAAAUCCACGGCUAAUGGCCACAUAGCGAAUUCCGUUCAAAACAAGACUGAAAAGUCUCCAGCUAAACAGCAGAAGAAGUCCCCAGCUAAAGAAACUGCUGAGCCUCAAGUCAAGAAGCAAGAGAUCAAGAAGGAGACUGAGAAGAACAAGAAGAAUGAAGUUAAAUCCAAGGAAGCUGUUGUGGAAGUUAAAAGCAAGAAGAGCAAGUCAAAAGUUGUCCACGAGAAACCAGUUGAUUAUGAUGAUGGUAACUGGGAGAAGGUGAUGACCAAAGCUGACAAGAAGAAGAAGCAGGAUGGCAGCCCAGCCAAGAAGGACAAGAAGAAGCCAGCUGAGAAAUCAUCAGUGGAAAUUGAAAAAUACACCAAGGAAAUGGUUAACAAGGAGGUGAAGGAGAAGGAGAUCAAGAAGCAGGUUGAGACAAAACCAGAGCCAGCCCCAGUAAUUGAUGAGGUCAUCGAAGUGGUUGAGAAGAAAGAGAAGGUUGUGAAGAAGGAGAAAAAAGUAGAAAGUAAACCAAUUGUUGAACCAGUUGUGGAGCAAAUAGCUGAGGCUAUGAAUGAGCAGCCAGCUGAGAAAGUUGAGGGAACCGUCGUCAUCGACGAAUUAGGAGAUGUGUGGACAGAGGCCAAGGUGCCCAAGAAAGGUAAGAAAAAAGCGCGUAGAGACAAUUAAGCACAAGUCCAUCCAAUUUGUGUUAGGUAUGUGAUUGCAAUCAAGCACUUGAGACAGGAUCUCAGCAAAAAAAAAAUAUAUGAUAAAGACUUAAGUAGCUUAUAUACAUAUAUAUAUAUAUAUAAAAUAAGACAAGACAG